AUGGCUUCCUCAGUCGCACAAGUUGAAGCCGUUCGGUCCGCUGUCACUUCGACCUCAACAUGUACGCCGACCAUAUCCGCUACCUUGAAAGAGCUUCUUCAGGGGAGAGAAGACAACAACCCAAUUGAAUCCUCAAGACCUGUCUCGUCCCGGACUGGGAAGGCAGCACAAGCGGCGGCAAGAUCAAAAACCCCCACGGCUGCGAGACGAGGAGCGAAAACACCCACCACAACGACCGCGUCGCAAGCAAAACGAGGCAAUGGCGCGAUAUUGUGUCCGAAAGAGAAGGCCGCGCUUGCCACACAAAUUAUCAACGCGACACUCAGAGCGCUAGGAGAAGCUGCCAAAGUUGCGGCGACAUCCACCUCGAGCACACGAUCACCAGCCAAGGGUGGUAAGGCAAAGUCUGCCACCCGAACCGCCCUCCGACGAUCGAACUCCGUGCCCAUGACACCUCUCCAGCCUCGUUCCCUGAACCGAGUCUCUACUUCCCCGUCUGUGGCCAGGACCUGUCGGUCCCCGUCAUCCUUGUCAUCAUCAACCGGUUGUUUAGCCACGGUCGAAUGUGCCCGGGUGGCCUUCACGACAUUGAGGAGUUUACAGUCUUCCGGUGCUGUGAAUCUCCCCGAUCUACAAUUUGAGGCUGGCAUGUCUUCCUUUGUCAGCAAACUCAUCGCAUUGAACCUCUUCGACUUGGCAGUGAAAGAACUACGGAUCUUGAAGCGACGUCUGGAAGGCAUGGCUGCUGGGAAAGGGGCCAGGAAGACUAUGGGCGGAACCUCUGUUUCAAGCACAACGUCAAAGACUCUUUCUGACUUGCUGGAUUACCCCAAAGUGACUGCGUCAGGUCCCCUCCUUGGAUUCAUCAUUACCACUCAGUUACAGGCUCUUCGCAUCAUCCACGGGCUGAAGAAGUUGACCCACCUUGGCGCUGCUCUUCCUUUCUUACAAGAGUCGAAUCCGUCCUCACCAUCAAAUCUACUUCUACGAACGCUUGAAGACGAAAGACAGGAUCACAAGAAAUGCUCAAAGCAAUUAGAGAGUCUAUCUCUGCUUCUGCUCUCUCUAAGCCCAAGUUUAGCUGUGAAAGACGACGCUGUUGCACAAGAGCCAAGAUUGAAUCCAUCUCCCGAGACGUGCCUGGACGUGCAAGUGCUUGGUUUGACAAUCAAGUUGCAGGCGUGGAGGAUUUCCGGUCACAAGGGCGACGUGGACAAGGAUAUCUUACUACCCUUAUCAAAAUGUCUGGAAGCGUUCUCACGGAGGACUUCUAUCGAAAAAACUCCUGUACUGUGUUCUGCCUUCUCCCGGGUUUGGGACAUGAUAGAGAAGUCAGGUUUGAGGACGUCAGGCUCGUCACGGUCUCAUCUGGCGGCAAUUUGCCAGUUGCUAGCUACGGCUUCACGAGAAUCUGGGAAUGUGAAGGAAGCAAGAAAGUGGUCAACCAUGUUGAGAAAUAUGACCAAUACCCAGGAAGACUCUGUGGCCAGGUGUUGUGCUGUCACAGCACAAGUGCUUGCACUCUCCCUUCGGGAGUCGUCAGAGGUGGAUGAAAGUCUCCUAGUCCAGGUUCUAGACUGGAUACAAGGGUCUUUCAGCGGCAGUGUCACAGACUUGGAUGACCUUCUUGUCAAUAUAUGUCUGUUACGAAAGGCUGCGGUGAACACCCUCAUGCAGCCUAAUGGCUCUACGACAGCAGUCCAGCAGAAACCACGACAACUUCUCGAAACAUUCAUCUUUCAAUUACCCCGAUUCAUUUCAAGAUGGCUAGGCAAGCCGCCCGCUUCGAGCAGCGCUACCAAGGAUGUUCUUCGGUUUGAACAGCGGCGACAACUAUUAUCAGGAUACCUACAACAUGUCCUUGACUCAGCUCUGAUGCUUGCAAAGAUGCGCCUAGACAACAAUGGACUAGACUGGGAGACCAUGGAAUCCAUACUGCCAGAUAUCUUGGGCCUGCUUGACAACAUGGCAGACAUCAUCGGCUUGAGCACGAAAAUCAAUCCUUCCGCCUCAUACCAUGUCAAGAUUUCCCAGCUUUACUACCAACAACAUUUGGCCCUGCGCAAGUCUGCUACGAAAGCCAAGGAGUCCCUUUCUCUCAGUGCACUUCGCAGAUCUGUUGACUGUUUGAAGUCUCGACCAGAUGCUGAGCAGACCCGAGCACAGCUUUUGGUGAAAUGGGAGAGGUAUGCCGACCUAUGCAAAGCCUCUGGUCGACGGGAAAAAGCAGCCGAUGCCUUCCGCUCCAUACGGGAUCAUUUGGCAAGGCAAGAAGUUGUCGAGGUCAUUACGGCGACCCUGGCCACUCAACCAAUCACCAGUUCGUGGCGAUCCAGUGUCGAGGCCGAGUUACUGUCACGAACAGUCUGCAGUCUCGCCAAGCUCGAUCGACAACCCCAUGACUGGACAUGGCUGCUUGUUGGCAUGGACAAGGCUACUGCACUGGAACACGACUUCUACUUCAUCAUUGCAAACGACAGCAAGAAUCAUCAGGAGCUCGAUCUGUCUAAUCCCACGAUCUCGGCAAUGCUACAGCUCUAUAAUGUUGAGGACUACCCGAUCAGACGACUCAGGACCUUCCUGCAGUUACUCAUGGCCAAUAUAGAUACGCGAGUUCAGACCGACACGCUGUGGGCAGAAGCUGAGGAGGCUCUCGACAAGAUUGGGAAAGCAAGCCUGGGAAGCGAUGCCGGGCUUGCGCGGUAUGUGCCGCACUUGCGCGCAUUGGCAUCUUGUAUCUCGGGGCUCAUGGAGGGAGAUUUGGAUUCUGCCCAGAUUCGGACAGGCCUAUCAGAAUGGCAGCUCCUGGUGUCGAAUUGUCAAUCAUCUGAGGAGCUAUCACAACGCAUCGAUAACCCGCAACAACUGCUCAGGUGUCUUCAGUCUCUUGCCGACUUUGCAAGGGUCAAAGGAUUCCAAAGUCUCCUGACAGACUUUCUCGAACUUUCAACCAAGAUUUCCCAACUCACGACUGACGGUAGUGUGGAGUUGCGAAUCUCCCACAGUACAGCCCUUUGCCUGCAUUAUCUCAGCCUUGGUCGAUCAGUUAAGGCGAGGAAAGCACUACAAAGCAAUGAGGAAUUCCUUCCUCUGCCCGAACUUUCUCAGGAGACUGUCACAAACUUCCAUCUAUCUGCUGCCGAAUACCAUCUGGCUGUCGGGGCUUUCGACAAAUCUGAGCAACAUCUUGUCGAAGCGCGUGCUGCUGCUAUGGGCUCGUCUAAGGAACAGCCCUUAAGAACAAGCAGCCAUUCGAGUCGAAAGAUGUUGACCGCAUAUGCAUCGUUUCUGCACUCAAAGCUGGCUCUUGAACGUGGCGACUCUCAUCACGCUCUGCAGUUUGCCACGACGGCCGUGAAGAUCCUGUUCCACGACUGGAUGCAGUUAGAAGAGCUGAGAAGCUCCGGCAGCGAUGUUAGCAUGGAAGAUGUGUCUCAUGCUCAGAGUUCAGAGGAUGAGUCGAGCCUGAACAGCUCCCGUCUGGCCAAAUUCGACCAGGUACGAGCAAACACUGGCCCCGAGUUCUGGACACUGGUGUACCCAUUGUACAGGUUCAUCUCGAGGCUCUCUUCAACCUACGCACACUUGGGCAUGUACCAGGAAACAGUAUACUACGCCGAACAAGCUCACAAGGUCGCCAGUAGCAUGGCACCAAGCUAUAUUGCCCAAUCUAGCGCAUGGCUAGCAUCAGUAUCCCUCAUGGCUGGGAAACUGGACAAGGCGGUCGAGUUAGCCGCCGAGGCUAAACCGAUGAUAUUUGCUUCCGAGCCGACUUUUAAUGACGUUGACACCAUUUGUCGCCUGGCAUCGAUCUACCGAGAGAACAACGACCCGGAAACAGAGGCGUUAUGGGUGGCCAAAGCAGAGUCCAUGCUGGAACAAAUGAGGGGGGCCGAUCACCCAGCGGAUUGCUUACACCAAACCGACCUCGAAUCAGACAUGGCCAAACUCAGUAUCAAGGAAACGGUCUCUGUCAAGGUGGGAGUUCGUGCUACAAAAGCUGUAAGGACAACGAAGGUCACCAGCAAGACGGUCUCGAAGAAAACUGUAGCCCGAGUUGCGGGACCUCCAGUGGAAGUGCAAGCACAAACCAAGGAGGAAGAUACUCAAUUGGGCUUCCUACGUGCUUCGAUCUCUCAGGUUCGUUCGAUCGCCAUGCUACAGAAGGAAAAAUGGACAGCGGCUAUUGCCGCUCUUCGCCCAGCUUUGCAGCUUCCGAAGUUGUCGACGGACGUGUCACACGAGCGGUUCCUUAUGGGUAUGAGUCUCAUCGGCCAGAGUCUGGAGCAGAUGGGCCGGGACUCUGUGUUCACAUCCAUCCAGGACUCGACGCUUUCGUUCCCUUCGGUUGCCAGAGACAAGACCGCAUCUGACCGGGCAUCAAUUGGACGAGUAAUAACUCCGCCUCGCAAAGGCCGUUCUGCCGUACAAGAUGCACACACCUUCGUCGAGAACUUGCGUGAGGCCCAAGAUCAUCUACUGGAAGCUCAUUCAGUUGCCAGUCUCAACGGCGACGGCAACUUGGUACAUCGAAUCGCGACUGCGUUGCAGAACGUCACCAUACUCCUAUCGAACACCAACCCAUCGAAGUCCGCUAUAGGCCACCCUGCUCACGCGACAUGCUCGGUCGAACUAGCUCGGAACCUGAUAUGGCGUCGCGAACGGAAAACCCUUCGUCAGGAUCAUAAGGCAGCCUGGCCCACAGUCAAGAACACUGCCGACGCCAGAAGAUGUAGUCUGGGGUUUCCUAUCGAUGUGAACCAUUUUCAGAAAGAAUUUGUCGACAUAAUACCAAGGUCGUGGAAUGUCGUGUCGGUCUCGUUGAGCGACAACAAGCACGAUCUCUGUAUCACAAAACUCCAAGCAGGUCACAGCCCCUUUGCUAUACGCCUCCCUCUCGAGAGGGCCAGUGCCAGGGAUGCUGACAGCGAAGCAUUUGACUUCCAACAGGGCAGGUCGGAGCUUCUCGACAUUAUUGGGUCCGCCAAUCGCUCGUGCCACGCUGCGCGGGAUAUGAGCCAAAAGAAGGCUAACUCUGCGUGGUGGGCUGAGCGUGAGGCACUGGACGAGCGCAUGAAAGACCUACUGGAAAACAUCGAGCAGACAUGGUUGGGCGGCUUCAAGGGCAUGUUUGCCCAGCAUCACAGACGUUCUGACCUGCUUGCAAGGUUCCAGAAGAGCUUCCAGAAUAUCCUUGAUAAACAUCUCCCAUCCAGACGACAGGUUCGCGGCAGGAGAACGAAGGCACCUGUCCCGAAGAUCCACUUGGAUCCUAGAAUCCUCGAGCUAUUCAUCAACCUCGGCGACGCGACCGCACCUGAGUGCGAUUUCGACGAGGCGCUGAAUGAUUUGCUAUACUUUGUGGUGGAUGUGUUGCAGUUUCACGGUGAAAGGAACGCGUACGACGAGAUCGAGUUCGAUUCCAUGGUUAUCGAUACUUUCGAUGCCUUGCACGCGUACCAUGACGCUGUCCAAAACACCAAAGACGAGCAAGGCGGAGUGCACACUAUCCUGAUCUUGGACAAGGCCCUUCACAUCUUUCCUUGGGAGUCACUGCCCUGUCUGCAAGGUCUGCCGGUAUCACGAGUCCCCUCACUUGCGUGUCUGCGGCGCUCGAUUAAGGAGCAAGCGCCUCCACGCAUGAGAACGAGAACGCCUAACGCAGACUCGGACAGCGAAACCGAUGAGCUGAGCGUUGUCCCGAGACAUCGUGACGGCCACUACGCAUCCAUCAACUCGGGCACCUACAUCCUCAACCCCAGCGCCGACCUCACCAACACGCAGGCGACUUUUGGGAAGGCGCUCGCGUCGCUGCCGCCCGCGUGGGCCAGUGUUGAGGGGCGCGUCCCCACGGAGCCCGAGUUCGAGCGCGCGCUCCAGGACGCGGACCUGUUGCUGUACUUUGGCCACGGCAGCGGCGCGCAGUAUGUGCGCCAGCGCACGAUCCGCCGCAUGGACAAGUGCCGCGCCGUCGCGCUGCUCAUGGGCUGCAGCUCGGCGUCUUUGAUUAGUGAGGGCACAUUCGAGCCCCACGGGACGGUGUGGAACUACAUGCUUGCCGGCUCACCCGCCGUUGUUGGUACGCUCUGGGACGUGACGGACCGCGACAUUGACCGCUUCGCCGGGCGCGUGUUCGAGGAGUGGGGGCUGAUGCCCCGGGGCACAUUUGCGGCGGGGGGCGCGGACGACGUCGGGGGUGGCGGCAGGGGAAAGGGGAAGGGGAAGGCGGUCGCGAAACCCGCUGCGAGGAAGAAGGCAGGUAAGAACGACCAGGAUGCUGCAGCGGAGGAGAGACAGAAUAGGACGCGGACGCAGACGCAGACGAGUCUCGUGGAGGCGGUGGCGAGGGCUCGGACCGAGGCGUGCAAGUUCAAGUACCUCACUGCGGCUGCGGUGUGCGCCUACGGUAUCCCUGUUUAUAUCGACAAAUGA